CCUUCCAAGCUCGAGUCCUCCGUUUCGUUCCAGAUAAAUCCGGUUCGGUUCUUUUUCUCCGUGGGGCUCGACCGCUUCCAUCACGCUCUCAGAAGGAUGGCGUUCGUCGACGCCGACAAGCUCAGUUACGAGAUCUUCUCCGUCCUCGAGAGCAAGUUCCUCUUCGGCCUCGACGACCCCAACAAGCUCUUCUUCCCCACUUCCUCCUACUCCUCAGCUGGCGCCUCCCCCCGGACCGCCGCAGGUGCCCGAGGAAGGAUCCGGAUCCUGUCCAUCGACGGCGGCGGCAGCCCCUCCGAUGCCCUCCUCGCCGCGGUCGCCCUCGCCCGGCUCGAGUCCUCCCUCCGUCACCGUUCCGGCGACCCAUCCGCUCGCGUUGCCUACAUGUUCGACGUCGCGGCCGGCUCCGGCGCCGGCGGCGUCCUCGUCGCGAUGCUCUUUACCAGGGACCACGACGGUCGGCCCUUGUUCUCCGCAACCGACGCCCUGCACCUCCUCCUCUCCGAGAGCCGCCGCCGCGGGCGCGGCUUCUCCUCCGGGAGGGGCCUAUUCCGUGGGAUGUUCCGUCGACCCGGGAGUUUCUUCCGUCGGAUCUUCGACGACGCGACGCUGAGGGACACCGUCAAGCCGGUGCUCAUCCCGUGCUACGACCUCGCCACGGGGGCGCCAUUCCUCUUCUCGCGGGCUGACGCGGUAGAGGCAGACGGGUACGACUUCCGGAUGUGGGAAGUGUGCGCGGCCACGUGCGCCGACGCAUCCACCGCGGCGGUCGGUGGACGGGCGGACGCGCGUCACCGCGGUGGGCGCCGGGAUGGCGAUGGCCAACCCUGUGGCCGCGGCCAUCACGCACGUCCUCCACAACAAGCCGGAGUUCCCGUUCGCGGCCGGGGUGGAAGACCUCAUGGUGGUGUCUCUCGGCGCUUCCGCCCCCGCGCCAGCCGCACCGGGUGCCGCUGAGCUCGUCAGGAUCGCUGGCGAGGGCUUCGCCGACAUGGUGGAUCAAGCGGUGGCGACGGCAUUCGGACACCGUAGAGCAAGCAAUUACCUGUGCAUACAGGUAAACCUUCGACUUCCGUGAGCAAACUAUACCUACUGUUGGGGUAAACAACUUUAUGUCGUGGCCUCGGGACCGACGUGGCUUGUUCUGGGUCCGAAUGACGGGAAUCCCCUGGGAGAUUCCUCGGAACAGUAGAGGUCGCCGAUCCGCUGGUCAAUUUGGCCGGGAAGAGGGGUCGUCGUUUCCUCCGGGAAAGGGCUCCCCGCUUGUACGUCCGGCGAAACACGCCUCGUCUUCAUUCCUACACACAGGUCGGGUCGGAAGCUCGGCCCGCCCCCUCCGACGAUCAAGUUAGUGAUGUGGAGAAGAGUGCUCUUUUUUUUUUUCCUUUUCUCUCGUAUCUUAGAACGCGACGGUAUUUAUAAGGGGUUUGAGUGUUACCGGAUGCACCUGCCCACUGGGAGCAGGGUCGUAUCCCCUGAUGACGUCUGACAUUGCUGUUGGCGUGUCGUGAGGAGGCGAGUCUGAGCGGUCGUUGAUGGGCCUCGGUUGGCGUUCCAGCCCAUGCUGGUCGGGCGUUGUCAGCUCGUCAGAGGCGCGGGGCGUCAGCUGAUAUCACGAGGGUCUUCUCAUAAUUAUUGCCCUUAUCACCUAUAAUAACGUGGUUAUAGCCACAACCGAUGGAUUGUUCAUGGAUAGCCUCUGUAGGACACCGCAUUCAUGUCAGGAAAUUGCACGCCAAAGACGACGAGCUCGAAGAGCUCGGUGGAGGCAGCAAAACGCGUUCUGUCACAGCGACACGUGGAGUCACUGCUCUUCAGAGGGCGAGGAAAGAUCUCAGAGCGGACCAACGGCGACGAGCUCGACCGGUUCUCGAAGGAGCUCGUAAAGGAGGAGGAGUGGAGGAAGAAGGGCCCGAUCUCGACGGUGGUGCUAAAGCAAGUGAUGACGCCACGAACGUCGUCGGCGACGACCGCGACCACGGUCACCGUUACCACGACUAUUUCUACGAGCACGACAUCGACAUGAUGGAGACGGUGGAGUCGAGAUAGCUGCUUGUGCAUAGACUGUUGUGGGUUCUAAAAUGUAUGUUUUCCUUAGUGGAGGGUAUGACAUGGAAAUCAAUUCAAGCUUGGAAAUUGUUCGCUAAAUUAGUAACGCGGUAGAAAUGUGAACCUUAUGGGUGCACUUCCUUUAUUAGUUGAUUCAUUCAGGGUUUUUGGUUUGACUAUUUCGUUUGCACUUCCUUUAUUAGUUUUGAACAUCACCUAGGUAACCAAUAACGAAAUGGAUGCACGGAUAAGGUUCUGUUAUGUAGCUCUUUGGUGAUGGGCUUGAUCUGUUUUGCUUAGCCGAGAUUGACAAGUUGUUGGUUUGAUUCUCUUUUUUGGUUUAGAAAAUGGUUCAACUGAACCAAACUGCACAAAUAACAUUGAAUAAAAUAGGUAAAAGUGGUAUAUUCCAAUUUCAUAAAUGUAAUAGGUAUAUUGUGUGAUGUACUGAAUAUAUAUUCUAUAAUAAUGAGUGCAACAUAAUUCAUUUCUAUCAUGGUUUUAUAUAGCAUAUUAUCUAAAAGAUAUAAGGUACAUUGUAGACUGACUAAAAUAAACCCAACUAAACUGAACAACCUUAU